AUGUACGAUUCGAUAUAUAUAUAUAAAUUUAUAAAUUUCAUUUCGAUUGUUACGUAAUGAAACGUUCAAUUAUACGGGAAAUUCUCUUUUCGCGCGUACGAAUUUUUAGAAAGGAGGCUAUACAGAGGAGAGGAGAGGGAGGGACGGUUAAGAAUAAAAUUUGAAAACUAUAGAUGUCCCUUCGAGCAUCGUUGUAAAUUUUUCUUUCGAGUGUACAUUACGUCCUACUUUCUACUCGUCGUCAUUGUCCUACAAUCGUUCGUAUCCCCGAAUAGGGACGCGCGAUCGUUAAAUCCCGUGGGUCGCUGUGAAAAAUAAAAAAGGAAAAAAAAGAAAGGAAAGAUUUUUCUAUUUCAAAUUUUAAAAAAUCGACGAGAGGAGAAAGCGCGGGAAUUCACGGUCCUUCCGUCCAUCACGUUUCUCAAUUUUUCUUCACGCCCUGUUAAUUUAAACGAUGCGCCAAAUAGCAAGCAGUUGUUUACGUUUAGCGUAGAUAAACGAUCUCUUUCUUUAAUUUCUUUUCCAAGUGAUCGGCGAUUUUCGAGACAAAAAAAACUUAUUUUACUCUGGAAUUUGGAAUUGAAAAAAAGAGGGGAAGAACGGAGAGGACACCACGAGAAGGAAGGGAAAUGGAAAGCGACCAUUCAGAUCGGACGAUCCCAUUCAGAUUCGGAUCUGUCCCAAUUGGCCGGCACAAAGCACACCUUUUACCGGCGGUAAUAAUAAUCGGCAUUGUGAACACACCUUAAGAGCCAAGCGUGGUACGAUGAAUAAAAGGAAGAAAAGCGGUACAGGUUUAUGCUGCAUCGGGUUUAGCGCAGUGAAUCCGGCGUGCGGAAGGAAAGAGAGAAGAAGAGAGAGCCGAGGAAGGAAAGCAUGGAGGAGGAGGAGGAGGAGGAGGAGGAGGCCAUGUUGGAAAAUAACGCGCGUCGUAAAAAUUCUUUACCCUUCGCGCGGAAUCCCUGUUGCCAGGUUACAGAUACACCUCUUUCUCCCUUCUGGCUUCAUCCCGUUCUGGUCUCAUCUCGAUUCGUUCAAGGACUUAAAAAUUCGAUUCCCUCCACCCUCCCUCCCUCCCUCCUUGGUACCAGAACCAGAAAGAUGCCGUAUUAAAGAUGAACUUGAAACCUUGCUUGUACUCUAUUCCACCUUGUUGUAUUGCCUCCGUCAUGCCUCCUCCCCCUUCGCCUUCCUCCUUUUUUGCACCUUUCCUAUCAACUCGUCCCUCCAUCGUAGCGAAUUCUUAAAACCUGUGCCGCGCUCGCCGCGGAUAAUUUAAGAAAACGAUAAAAGGGAAACGGAUGGGCGAUAUAAUAAAACGAGAGAGGGAGAGAAAAUCUUUUUUCUUUUCUUUCUUUCUUUUCUUCACAUACAGUUUUAUCUCCCCACGGAGCAAGUUCUUCCUUCGUCAUCAUUCGCCUUUUUUCCUUCCUUUCUUUUCUUGAUUAAAAUUCCACAAUUCGACGAGGAGAAGGAGGAGGAGGGCCGUGAAAAUGCUCGAGGGGUGAAAAGGAUAUUCAAAGAAAGAUAUCCGCGAGAUUCCCUUCCUCUCAGAUUUGUACUUCUUAACAGCAACCCAAAUAGAGUUCAAGUACAAAGAGCUCGAGCUCUGGAAGUUGGAUCUCGAGGAGCAGAGGCACGUUAUUUUCCAAGCACCACUGGCUCAAGGUUAAAUGGCUCAUUACCGGCCAUGAGAAGGAACAGCGUUGGACACACGAGCGGUCAGCAACCGGUAUUAACCGACUCGGUUGCCUCGGCCAUUGCUUCCCGAGCUUGAGUAAAGAGAAAAACCUAUAUCCUCCAACCCUUUUCAAAUUUUUCUCAUCGAACAACCCGUCGUCGUCGUCCUCUUCCGAAAAAACGGAAAGAAUCUAAUUCAUCCCCUCUCGACGAAGCCCUCGUCGAACUUUGGCUACGCACCACAGUCGUCUAAUGGAACUGAAAUUCCGCGAAUCGUUCUUCGCUCUUCGAAGAAAACACACGCUCUCUCUCUCCCCUCCUUCCACAAAACGAGCAGGUAAAAGAAAAUGCAUUUACACCCGUUAGAGCUUGAACUCGAUUCGCUCGCUACGCAACCCCGUAGGUAGAGGGGCGGCUCGGUGUAAAAAUGGAUGGAAUUCCCUGCCGCGUAUCCGCGUCUCGUUGGUCGAGCCUCUCCACGUACACUGUUACGAGCAUCUCCGUCCGAUGCGCCCCGGCCGGGUGGUGGUGUACGUAUAUUACCAUACACCUCUUCCCACGGGCUGGCUCCCCAUAAACCGGCUCACAAGUGGCCGAGACAUUCGCCUCUCGACCGCGACCAUGAGAGCACUCGGCUCGCGACGCCCACAGCUACCGGCUACCAGCUACCAUCCACCGUCGCUCCUCUUCCUCGCCUUUCUGCUCCUCGCCUUCGUUGCCCGCGGUGGCGAGCCGUUGCCGAGCGCCAGCCGCGACCAGGGCGAACCGCCCCUCGGGGGACAACGUUCGAAUUCGUCGUCGCAACUGCGGAGGGACGACUACGCUUACCCGGAUCGAGAAACGGAUGUGGACGGUGAGACGGUUGCGGAGCGGAGGAGAGAUGUCGACGAGGAUCGAGGAAAGAGGGAGGAGGAGGAGGUGGAGGAGAGGCUCGGGGACGAGGAGGCCGAGGGCGCGGUGAAGAAGCGGAGGAGGAACGACGUUGGUAAAUCGGCGGAGGAGGUCAAGGAGGAGGCGAAGAGCGAGGAGGGGAUCAGGAGGUUCGACGAGGGGGGGUCGGUGAUCCCGAAUUAUUUCCGAAAAUCGGGCAAGUUGGAGGAGGAGGAGGAGGAGGAUGGGAGCGAGGAGGAGGCCCCUUGCGAGGAAAGUUCGGAGGAGAAGGGGAGGAAGGGGCAGAGAUCGUUGCACGAGACCCGUGGAUCGAAGAAUCGUAAGAGUUCGACCGUUUACCUGAACGCGGAGGAGAAGAGGAUACCGGACGGGGAGCAACAGUCGAUCGUCGAUGGGCAGAUAAAGAGGUUGAUAUCGAUACGGGACGACGCGUUGGACGCGAGGGCCAAGGCGGACGAGAUGGACGAGGCGAAAGUGUUGAAUUUCAAGCGGGAGGUCGAGCCGGAGGAGCGAGAGAUUCGGAGCGGAGACGAGGGGCAAAAGUCGGGCAAAGGUCGAGGUCUGGAGGAUCGGCAGGGGAUCAGGCUUCUAACCCCGGACACGUUGGUGUACAACAUCCUGCAGGACGCGUUGGAAACGUAUCAGAGCGAGGAGCCUCGGGUCUCUUACAUCGACGUGAACAACGACACCCUUAAAAAGUUGGUGACCACCGAUCAAUUGUACAUACUUCGUAUGGCCGAGAAAUUUCUGCCUCAAACCCUGCGCCUCGACUACUCGGAGAAGAUGUACUCCUGCGUGAGAAGAUUCGAGUAUUACAGCUGCGUCAAGUACAUCGCCUGGCCAAUGAUCAAGCAAUACUUCCCCGCCCUGCCCCCGUUUCCCGACUCCCACGCCUGGUAUCCGAUAAUCGACAUGUAUCCCGUCUUCCCCCCGCUGCUCCCCGCUUACCUCGACGGUAUCCCCGCGGAUCUCGAGUUGCCGGAGGUGGUGGACGCGAUGGACGACUCGAAAACGGGGAAGAAAAACGGGCCCGAGGCAACCAUCAUCCAGAUCCUGCACAACGUCCUCAAGGAUCGUAGAGCCGACCCCUACCCUACUCUACCCCCCGCCCCCUCCUUCCUCGACCGCUCGCCCGACGUCUACGUCGCUUUCCUCUUCGACGAUCGAUCCGUAACCGUCAACCUGACCGAACGGUCGAUCCCGAUCUCGUACAGGGCCCGAUUCGUCCAGAACGCGGUCAGAUGCGCGAACGAGUACGAUUACCUGGCCUGCUUCAAAUACUCCAUCUGGCCCAUGAUCAAACGCAUCGCCCCCGACGCGGCGCCCGCCCUCUUCCCCUCGUCGGAGGAGGACGCUCAGAAUCCAGCGUCGAGCGGCAACCUCGCCCCGAAAUUCCUCGUCUAUCUGCCCACCGUCCUCGCGAAAGGCGGCGGCCUGUCGCUCGCCUAUCUCUUGCCGCUCAAGGAGGGCGGGCAAAGAGGAGGGACGCGGCUGAGCUCCUCGGACGAGUUGGAGACGAAGAUGCUGAACGCUCUGGCGAAGGUGCGGGACACGGCGGACGCGGCAACGGAGAUGUCCACGUUCAUCCUGACGGGGGGGAACGCCGUGACGUACGCGAUCUCGUUCACCAAGAGGCAGAUGGAAAUUUUACGCCUGGCCGAGUAUCUGCUGCCCCCCUCGGCACGCCCGCUCCUCGUCGUCGACGUUUUGUCUUACCUUCGGAGCAACGCCGACUUCGUCGACUGCGCCAGACACGUGAUCUGGCCGACCAUCGCCAAACACGUGCCCGAUCUACCCGAUUUCCCUCGACCGGCCGAGGAGGCGAAGGGCGGGGACGCGGCGAGUACCACGAACGUGCAGAGAGCGGAGGGGAAUUCGGAGGAGCGAAGGGUCGGGAUUGGGGGGAAGGAGAAGAAGGCGAGCGCGUUGUUCGAGGACGGGAAGGAGUCGCGAGACGGGAUCCCGAGUGCCGCCGUGCCGGUGAUCAGCGUGUCCGGGACGAGAUUCGUCCCCAUAUUCACCGAGCUUCCCGAGACGGUAAUCCUCAACAUACUCCGCGCCAUCCAGUUCCAAUCCCUGAACCCGAGCGUACCGAUUUCACCCCCCUCCUCCCUCCCCUCGGCGACAAAGAAUCCCCAAUUCCAGGACCUGCUCACGGAGCAACAGGCGAGCAUCGUGAACGUCGUGAACGCGUUGCUCCCGGCCAGCAUAAGGCCCGAGUUCGCCAACAAGAUGAUCGAGUGCCUUCGGGUUAACAGCUUCCUGGUGUGCACGAGGGACGUGGCCUGGCCAAUACUCUUGCAAUACUUCCCCUGGCUGCCCAACUUCCCGAAUUUCGGCAUCGUCGCUUCGACCACCACCCCCACCGCCAACUCCACCGCCUCGGUCGCCGACGAGAAAAGCGCGCUCACCGAGAUCAACUCCGCGCCCCCCCUGUCGGAGACGAACGUGAAGACGAGGCAGCACGGGGACACGACCGUCACGAUUACGGACACGAGAUUCGUCCCGAUACUGAACGAUCUGCCCGAGACGAUCAUCCUCAACAUAUUGAAAGCCGUCCAACUGUCCGUCCCGAACUUGCCCGCCCCACCCGCCGCGGAGGACCCCGCGUACCCCCCUCACCUCACCGAGCACCAGAUCAGCAUCAUGCGCGCGGCGGCCAAUUUGUUGCCGGUCCAAACGAGGGCCGAGUUCGAGCGGAAAAUUCUGCCCUGCCUCGGGGAGACCAGCUUCCUCGAGUGCACCAGGGACGUCACCUGGCCGACCAUCGCCCAAACAUACCCCUGGCUCCCCAAUUUCCCCAAUUUCACCGCCCUCGGCCGCACCUCGCCCCAGACGCGCGGCUCCAUCCGACUCCAAUUUUUCCUCGACUCAGCCGACGAGAGAUCGUCGACGGCCGAACGAGCGACCGACUCGAGCGGACGAGAGGGAGGGAAGGAGGGAGCGGAGGAGAGGAUGGAGGAGGCUUUGCUGACCGUUCUCGGGAAAGGGGAGGGCGGAUCGAUUUCCAAGUUGAACGAGACUUCGACGUUGAGCGAGCGGCAAGCGACGAUCGUGGGACGGAUCGAGGAAAGGAUACCGGAGGCGGAAAGAUCGUCGUACGUGACGAGAAUGCUGGAUUGCUCGGCUCGUUACAGUUUCCCCAGCUGCGUCGAAAACAUCGGUUGGCCGAUUUUGAAGCGGUACAAUUCCUCCAUCCCCGACCUUUCCACCGUUAUCGACCUCUUCUCCCAUUUGAACGCCCGUAUCUCGUUGCCUACAAUCCCUCAAUCCUCCGAAUCUUCUCAAUCCUCCCAGCCUUCAGCAAUUUCGCAGAUCGCCAACUCGUCCACCGAAGCUUCUUCUUCUUCUUCUUCUUCUUCUUCUCGAUCGUCUUUGAGGAGCGACGAGGUGGAAGGGCAGGAUCCGGGGAACGAGGGUCAGGAGAAGGAGGACGCCAAGAAGAAAGGAAACCCAACGAACACGCCGUCAGUAGGCAACGAAGGGAUCAUCCCCGAGUACGCAGGCCAGCCGACAGGCAUCCCCAUAGAUAUCUCGAGCGAGAAGGUGCACGCACCAUCGGCCGUCGGUGUCGUUCAGCGAGGGGAGAAAUCGGGGGGGAGGGGAGGGCGCAGGGAGCGUAGAAGCGCCGCGGAGUUGCACGAUUCUUAUUACGACGAGACGGCCGGCAGAUUUUCGUCGCGGAACCCGUUCUUCCCAAAUAUCACGGAAUCCGAGUAUCUUGGAUUGUUGAUCAGAGUGAAGGAGAAGACGAAAUCGUCCUCGAGAUCGAAAACGCAGUAUCUCGUCGACAAUUUGAAUUCAACGAUCAGAGAUUCUUUGACGGCGGAUCAAUACGAAAUUUUGAAGAUAGUCGAGGAUCUGGACGGUCAAGGAUCGGCAGGCAAAGGGCUCGCGUCCCAGACAAUGAAUUGCAUCUUGAGUCUUAGCUUCAUCAGGUGUUUGGCAAUCUUCGUUUGGCCACUCAUAGCCAGCAAUUUCCCCACCCUCGGUAUCCUGGGACGUUCUCUGAACGACGCGAACGCGUUACGACGAGACGAUCCGGGCCGUUCCUCCGUCGAAACGGAGAAACGGAUGCAAGAAUUUUUCGCCAUGUCGACGACCGAGUUCGAGAACGAGUUGUUGAAGAGGAAGGAGUCGAUCGAGAGAUUUUUCCUCCACUUGUACAGAAUGUUGACCGAGGAGAAGUUCGAGACGAGUAUCGGCCGCUUCCAGAUCAAAGGUUACGGAAAGGACGGGCCUGCCUCGUCCUCCAGAGAGGGGAGAGGGGCCAAGCUGAAAGACAACAAGAACCUGCCCAGCAUAUUGACCAUCAUAAGCGACAUAAUGGAGGAAGUUUUGGAUCAACGUCCGGAAGGGGCGAAGAAGGAGAAGGAGAAGAGGGAGAGGAGCAUAGAGGGGUCGAGGGUUGAAUCCAACGUUCAAUCGUUGAAGGACGGGAGGAAGGGAUACAUCGAUAUCAAGAGAUCGAUGAACGACGACGAGAUAAUCACCAUGUUUCUCGACAAGAUCAAAUCGAACGACUCCGACGAGGUGGCGGUGGAGGAGGAGGGGGACGAGGGCACCGGGUAUCUCGCCUCGGAGGAUGCGUACAACGCUUUCGAAGUUCUUUUCGGCACGAAAUUGCACGACAAGCUCGCGAGGGAAGCGAGCCUGCUGCCCCUCGACUCCUCUCGAUCGUCCGAAUCCCCGGCAAGGAGCGGCUCGAUCGAGCCGAUCAAGCGAGUGGAUAUCGUGUCUUUGGAAUCUCGGAAACGAGCCCUGAACGGAGGAGACGGGUCGAAGCUUUCGCCGAUCAAGGAUCGAGUUGCGUACGAUUUCGAGAAAGAGUUGUCCGAGGGGCAGGAGGAGAGGCGAAGGAAGAAGCGGGCCAAAGCUUAUUUCAAGUCGUUUUUCGAGAGAUACUCGUCGAGGGAUAGACGUUUAAGGGACGUGGAGAGCGUGGAGGAUAACGCGAUCGACGGCGAUGAAAAGAAACGAGAUGAGAAGGACGAAGGAUCGACUCUGAUCGUUCGAUUGCCGCGUCUACGGGACGAGGACGCGUCGAGAAAAGGCACCGCCGCUUCGUUGAGCAAAGGUUUCAAGUCGAAAAUGUCCGAGAUGAUGCCGGGCUUCGGCCUCGUCUUAUCUUUCUUGCUCCAAUUGGCUCUGGCGCAUGCGCGUGCCACCGCCUCGGUGGCCGGAAUGAUCAGCAACAUAGCCCUGGGAACGGCCAUGUUCGGCAUGAUGCGAGACUCUCUUUUCGGAACGAGCAGCAAUCCGAAAAUUAAAUACGUUUACGAUAACGACAAGACGGGGCCGGGCAUCUCCUGGCCUGCUCAAUACGAAUACGCUCCUCAUUACUACGGUUAAGUGAUAAGAUUGAUCCAACGUUUCUAGAAUAGAUUUCUUUUUCUUUGCACGCUUGAUAGAUGGAUAGAAGAAGCGAUACUCGAUAUUCCCGGAUAUUUGGUAUAUACGCGAUAUCGCUCGAAUUUUCUUUGGGAAAUACAUAUACGAUUUAACCUACGAGCCAGUUUUAUGGAAUAGAAUGGGUUCCACGAUGCUUUACACGGAUUACAAUGAUUGUACGCUAUAGUAAAAUAUUAAUAUUAUUAAGGCACGGGAUUUGAUGUACUAAGAGUUAAGACUAUAACUUCGUCGUUCCAGGGUUCGUCGUUCACUCCAUUAAAGGUUGAAUAACAAUGAACGUUGUAUUGGGCUAGCUUUAAUUUUCUUCCGUACGCGACUGACGUAUAUAUAUAUACACGUAUAUGUAUAUAUAUAUAUCGUGCUCCUUCUCAGUCUUUUCUGAAAAACAAAUUUUAUACAUAUAUAUAUAUAUUAUACACGUAGAUUUAUUAUAUAAUAGCACGGACUGCAGAGACUCGAUCUUAGCUAGGGACGAACUAAGUAGUUUCCACGAAUUUGUUAACACGCGGAUAAAAUUUGUUUAAUUAGAAACGACAGCUCUUGUUCGUUCGUGGAGGGGUUUAUAAUGGUGAAGGGUUUAAUAACAAUAAAUAAACUUCGUUGGGCAACUCUCUCUUAUCGAUCUCGGUAUAAUCGGUGCGCUCGACGAUGAUCAAAGACAACGCAGGAAUAUAUAAUGUUGUAACGAAUAAAAAUCUUUUAGUUUGUAAAGCUGUAA